UCUCUCCCUGUCCUGGCCCAACUCCUAGGGAACUAAUAACAAAAUAAUCACUGGCCUACACACUGAGAAAGAACUAGAGAAAGCUAGAGGAAAUAGAUAGAGCUGUGUGUUUCUUGAAGAGUUGCUUGGAGAUGGGGAGGAGUCCUUGCUGCUCAAAAGAAGGAUUGAAUAGAGGAGCGUGGACAGCAAUGGAAGACAGAAUACUGAAAGACUACAUUAAAAUCCAUGGUGAAGGACAAUGGAGAAACCUUCCAAAAAGAGCUGGUCUUAAAAGAUGCGGGAAGAGUUGCAGGCUCAGGUGGCUUAAUUAUCUGAGACCUGAUAUCAAGAGAGGGAACAUUACUCGUGAUGAAGAGGAACUCAUCAUCAGGCUUCACAAGCUACUGGGAAACAGAUGGUCUUUAAUAGCUGGGAGGCUUCCAGGGCGAACAGACAAUGAAAUCAAGAACUAUUGGAACACCAACAUCGGCAAAAAAUUGCAAGACAAACAAAGCCGCUCCUUAAGUAACCGUAAACCAUCAAAUCGAUCCCAACAGAAGGCUAAUCCCACCAUUGAAACAUCCGCCAGGCUGCCUUCUGAAGCAAAAUUGACUUCAUGCGUGAUCAGGACCAAGGCAACAAGGUGCACAAAAGUGUUCAUUAAUGUCCCAGAACCGCAGCUUGAAGACACUUAUAAGCCAUCAGUGCUGCGACCCUUUCCGCUCCCCGAGGAACCUGAAUCAUCAGAAUUUGUUCCCAAGGAGGAUAAUGAUCCAUCGAAUCUCAUGAUCGACCUCGAGGUAGAUGAGAAUUUUUUAUCAGAAUUUCUCAACUCUGAAUUCUCACAGCUACAGCCAUCUCAUUUCCAAAACAAAGGAGAUAGUUACAGUAACAGUGACACAUGUGACCCAGGCCAAUAUUCAUCAACAAAUUCUGAUCAAUCCCUCUUCCUCUCUAAUGAUAUGAUGCAAGACGCAGAUUUUACAUCCAUGGCUUCUUUAAUGGAGUCUGAAUUGGACUGGCUGCAAGACCAAGCAGAUCCAAAUUAGUCAAACCUAGCCGUAGCAGCCUCCAGAAUCGCCGAAAACUCUAUGUGUUGAAUACAUGCAUGUUACUGUUGAAAUCUCAUGAUGUAUAUAUUAGACUUAAGACAUAUUGUACUAGUGAAGUGGUUUUCUUGAUCAUGAUCUGGCCCUGACCAUGCUUGGUUAAACUAUAUGUACAAGGAAUCUUUCUUUUCUGGUCCUUCUCUUAGCUUGGCUCUUAUUGGUGGCACUUCAAAGUUCAAAUCAUAGCAAUAAUGGGAGUCAAUUUUUAUAUAUAUGUACGAAUCCAAUGAAAAGGCUUGCUUGAUCA